AUUGCUGCUUCUACUAAGUGUAAUGUUAUGAACUGUUCGUCAGUCAGUAUCCCUAAUUGUUAGUGAGUAAUACCAUUAUGUCCCAUCACAGAAGUGGAUCCCUCUAUGAAGAGGCAUCAGCAAAAUUGUCAAGUCAUAUUCAUUUGUCUGAAACAUUCAAUUCCCAUUCCAAUGCUAAUGCUAAUGCUAAUGGUAAUACUAAUUCUAUUUCCAACGGAUCUUCUAUCGGUACUGACAUUGAUUUCACUGACGAACAACUCUGGGAAGUGGAAUCAAUGCCAGCAUCGGCAGAAGAACUGACUAAAGCCAAAGUUCAUAAAUCUCAUCAUUUUGUUGAUAGAAUCAUGCAAAAGAUGUUAAAAUAUGCUAUCCCAGAUAAUGCCCCUGAAAAGGUAUUAUUUGAACAACGAUUACUGGACCCAGAGUAUAGUAGUCGACCAGGAUUAUCAAUUCGAAUUCUAUUAUCUAACUUUAAGAAGUUAAGUUCUAGAAUGGGAGGAAUCUUUGCAUUACAAUAUGGAUUAAUUCAUAUUAUAACAUGGAAAAAACCUACUAAAACUUUAACAUUCUUAGUAGGUUAUACUGCUAUAUGUUUAUGGCCUCAUAUAGUAGUAGCAUUUCCAGCUAUUUUCUUAUUAUUUGGAAUAAUAUUACCUGGUUACCUUUAUAGACAUCCUAAACCUAUACCUGAUUUUAUAAAGGUUAAAAAGAGAGGUCAAUCUCUUUUAAAAUUUCUUGAUGAUUCAGAAGAUGUUAGUAUUAUUGAUGAUUUAAUUAGUGAUGAAUUCAUGCAUGAUCAUGAUCCUAAUGCUUUAAAACCUUUAUUAUCACGUCUGGGUGAUGAUAGUUCUGAAACAGCAUCUACAAUCGAUACUUCAUCAAUAAUAGAUGAAUCAGAAAAGAAGGAUAAAUCUUAUAUAUCAUCUCAAGUAGCAUUAAUUAUUAAUAUGAGAGAUUUACAAAAUUUAACUACUGAUUUACUUUUAGCAUUUGAUGCUGCUGAAGAAUUUUGGUUUAAAACAGCAGGAUUUGCUAAUGAAAGACUUUCAACAUUUAUGUUUUAUGGAGCAAUUGCUGCUACUUGGAUAAUUUUAUUCUUAGGUCAAUUUAUACCUUGGAGAUUUAUAUUUAUUCAAACAGGUUGGGCAGGAUUAAUACUUUGUCAUCCUAAAUCUAAAAAAUUCAUAGUAGAAUUGAAUAAAGUUCAGAAACAAAGAGCCCUUCUUAAACCUAAAUCUCCACCAAAGGAAGUAGGUGAACCACAAGAAUUUGAUAGAAAAGAUAUUAUAAUUGAUGAAGCACCAGAGAAGAAAACCAUUGAAGUUUAUGAAUUACAAGCCAAGAGUAUUCUCCAUAAUAAAUGGUCAUUUUAUCGUUAUUCCAACAAUAUUUUUGAUCUUAAGAGUAAAACUCGUGUAGCCGGGAAAAGACCUUCAGGAGUUGAUCAUUUGGCUAAAGUAUUACCUCCUAAGGAUUGGAAACUUGAUUUGGCAUUUGCUAAUAAAUGGCAAACCGAUACUGAUCCUAAAGGAUUUCUUCAUCGUAGAGGUUUAGAAUCUAGAUUGCUUGAAGUAAGAGAUGAUGCUGAAGAAGGAUGGAUCUAUGAUAAGAAGCAUGAAGAAAUUGAGAUUCUGUAUGAAUUCAGAAGACGUAGACUAUUUAGGGAAUGCUACAGAUAUGCCCGAGAACCUAAACAACCCACUAAAUAUUUAUAGAGUUAUAUAUAUAUAUUUAUA